AUGCGCAAGCUUCAAGUAGAGGAAGCAAAGAUGCGGGCGUGCCGUGACUUCGGUUUCCGUGUGAGGGAAGAACCGGUCGACAUGUUUGUGGCACACACUGGGCACUUCUGGGGGAUCUUUGAAACGCGCGAUUACUGCCGAGCACGUUUAGGACUGGCUACAGAUCUCAGCUACUUGGCACACGAAUACGAGGUAAAGCCCUUGUUGGAGAAGAUGUUGGACCAUCGUCUGGAGCUGCUGCGGUUGAUAGCUUCGGAUGAUUUAGGCCUGCGCUACACUGUGCCGUUUGAUCUGUUGAAUGUCAACAGAGAUGCGGAUUGCUACACAUUUAUUGAGCAUUGGGUGAAGAAGGCCAAUGGAUCUCCUAAAGGUCAGGAUGUGGACAGGUUGAAAGAUGUGUUUGAGGGUGCAGAAUACGAAAAGUACUCUUCACUUGCAUUCCUGGCCGCCAUGAGCCAGAUCAAACUACGCAAUAUCGCACAGUACGAGUCGGAGACGAAACAAGCGAAUAAAUUUGCUGGGACUUCGUCCGGUAAGAAGAUAGGCCCAGAUGCUCUUGAGCAUGUGCAGCACCAUCUCCUGACCACUGCGGAUGGCUUGAAACUCACAGCAGAGGUUAUAGAGGAACAGGAACGACACUUGAACAGAUACUUCCGCAUAAUGAAUGAGAAUAUCCCUACUUUCCUGAAGGCGAUUGUUAAUCCUGGGCCGCUGAUGUCAAUGUCCCCACCGGAUUCCUGGGGCACAUGCACGCGUAUUCCUGGGGCACAUGCACGGAUUGAGCGCUUGGUGGGAAAGAAGCCCACAUAUGACUGUAGUAUGGAUUAG